ACAAAAACGUCUGGCUGUCCGAGCCGCGGGAUGGACGCUUGGCUCCUCCUCCAACUCCCCACUCCUUCCUCCUCUUCCUCUUCCUCCUCUCGCGUCGCUUCUCCCCUACUCCACUCCUCCACCUCGCGCCUCUGAUCUGAUGCCUGAGCGGCGUCCGUGAUGGCGGCGGCGGGAGCGGGCAGCGGCGGGGAGGGGUCGUCCUCGCCGGCCGCUCUGGCGAUCGGGACCCACCACGGGCCCACCGAAGAUAUUGCAGAGACAAUGUGGCAAAUGAGUUUAGGAGGUGGAGGAGAGUCUAUGGAACCUGGUCCCUACCCUGAGCGUAUAGGAGAGCCAGAUUGCAGUUACUAUAUGAGGACUGGACUUUGUAGGUUCGGGAUGACUUGCAAAUUCAAUCACCCCCCAAAUAGGAAGCUGGCUGUUGCUGCUGCAAGGAUGAAUGGAGAGUAUCCUUACAGAGUUGGUCAACCUGAGUGUCAAUACUACCUAAAGACUGGAACAUGCAAGUUUGGAGCGACAUGCAAGUUCCAUCACCCCAGAGAGAAGGCUGCAAUUGCAACCCGUGCACAGUUGAAUGUUCUGGGCUACCCACUACGUCCGAAUGAGAAGGAGUGUGCUUAUUAUCUAAGAACAGGGCAGUGCAAAUUUGCAAGUACAUGCAAGUUUCACCAUCCACAGCCCUCUAGUACAAUGGUUGCUGUACGUGGAUCUAUGUAUUCACCAGGACAGUCUGCAACCUCUCCUGGUCAAAAUACUUACCCUGGAGCUGUAACAAACUGGAACAUGUCAAGAUCUGCGUCAUUUAUUGCAAGCCCUCGGUGGCCUGGUCAUUCAGGUUAUGCACAAGUGAUAGUUCCUCAGAGUAUUGUUCAAGUUCCAGGGUGGAAUCCUUAUGCUGCACAAAUUGGUUCUUCUUCUCCGGAUGACCAACAACGAACACCUGGAACCACUCAUUACUACUCUGGCUCACGCCAGAGUGAAACAACUGGUAUGGGUGAUCAUGGCAUGUUCCCGUCAUACCAAGCUGGUUCUGUUCCACUCGGAGUUUAUGCAGUACAAGGGGAUAACGUAUUUCCCGAGAGACCUGACCAACCAGAGUGUCAAUUUUAUAUGAAAACUGGAGACUGUAAGUUUGGUGCUGUUUGCAAGUUUAAUCACCCAAAGGAGCGGAUGAUUCCUGCUCCAAACUGUGCAUUGAGUCCAUUAGGUCUGCCGCUACGCCCGGGAGAGCCUGUCUGCACCUUUUAUUCUCGUUACGGCAUCUGCAAGUUUGGUCCUAACUGCAAAUUUGACCAUCCUAUGGGAACAGUUAUGUAUGGAUCUGUAACCUCACCAACGAGUGAUGUGCCAACUUUGCACUAUCAGUUGGCACCCUCACCAGGGCAUUCGGAGAGGUUGCUCGAUGGUGGUGGUUCUGGAAGAUCUCACAGGGUUCCCCAGUCUGAUUCCCAGCAUAUACCCACUGGUGAUGGAAGUACUGAGAGAGAGGCAUCAUAAGCCCUCCUCAGCCUUUCUUCAUGCAGCCUCCGUCCCAUUCUUGACUCUUCAGUAAUUAUCUCCCAACAUAUUCAAAGAGCUGAAGCUGUACAGGUCCUCAACCGUCCUUUUGCCACUCCUUCGAGGUUCCACAAACUGUUGCUUCAUCAUGUCUCACAUUCAGGCAGGAAAAGGUUCUAGCUUGCCCUCUGAUGCCAAUUUACCCCUUGAAAAAUAAAUGGGGUAACCAUUCUUAUUUAUCCCUACCAUAUAUAUAUACACAACAGAUACACUCACCUCCUGACACUGGGUUCCGCGAAUGAUGUGCCUUGAUCCCUUUGUUGUAGUUAUACAGGUGACCUGUGGUGGACAAAAGCUUACCGAAUUGACUGUACUAGGGAUGCAACAUCUCUUCUCUUUCCUUUCGCUCCUCUUCCUUUCUCGGCAUUGGGUGGUAAUGACAGGACUUUCUGCUUGUGCAAGUGUGCAUGUUGAGAACAGCGGAAAUAAUACCCUGCUUUCUAUACAAUAAGUGCAUUUAUGUAUUAUCCACUGAAUUACAUGUUCAAUAAGAGAUCUGAUCAAUGUUCCUCGAUCUGUGAAAUUGAUCCCACAUGAAUUUUCGUUCCGUCUUCUAUUGAGAAA